UGUGGACCAUUGUGGACAAGACAGGACAUCAUGGUGGCUUUCAAAGGGGUCUGGACGCAAGCUUUCUGGAAAGCGGUCACAGCGGAGUUUCUGGCUAUGCUUAUUUUUGUGCUCCUGAGCCUGGGCUCCACCAUUAACUGGGGUGGCACAGAGAAGCCCCUGCCUGUGGACAUGGUGCUCAUCUCCCUCUGCUUCGGACUCAGCAUUGCCACCAUGGUGCAGUGCUUCGGCCACAUCAGCGGCGGUCACAUCAACCCCGCUGUGACCGUGGCCAUGGUGUGCACCAGGAAGAUCAGCAUCGCCAAGUCUGUGUUCUACAUUGCAGCCCAGUGCCUGGGUGCCAUCAUUGGAGCGGGGAUUCUCUACCUGGUUACACCCCCCAGCGUGGUGGGAGGCCUAGGAGUCACCAUGGUUCAUGGUAAUCUUACCGCUGGCCAUGGUCUCCUGGUGGAGUUGAUAAUCACAUUUCAGUUGGUGUUCACUAUUUUUGCCAGCUGUGACUCUAAGCGGACUGAUGUCACUGGCUCAAUAGCUUUAGCAAUUGGAAUCUCUGUUGCAAUUGGACAUCUCUUCGCAAUCAAUUAUACUGGUGCCAGCAUGAAUCCUGCCCGAUCAUUUGGACCUGCUGUUAUCAUGGGAAAUUGGGAAAACCACUGGGUGUAUUGGGUUGGCCCAAUAAUAGGAGCUGUCCUGGCAGGUGGCCUUUAUGAAUAUGUCUUCUGCCCAGAUGUUGAACUCAAACGACGUUUUAAGGAAGCCUUCAGCAAAGCCGCGCAGCAAACAAAGGGGAGCUACAUGGAGGUGGAAGACAAUAGGAGUCAAGUAGAGACUGAAGACUUGAUUCUAAAACCAGGAGUGAUGCAUGUAAUUGACAUUGACCGAGGCGAGGAGAAAAAGGGGAAAGACCCAUCUGGAGAGGUGUUGUCCUCAGUAUGA